AUGGCAAACACAACCCGUGCGUCAGGCUUCUUACCAUCAAUCAAAUGCUCAAACUGCAAUGUCGAGAUUCCUAUCUCAAUGAUGGGAGACCAUGUCUGCUCUCAAGCUCCCCCUCUUCCCAGCUCUCGACUCCAUGCUCUGAAUGGCCCUUUUGCACCAACGACUCUGAAACAUACAAUGGGUGCUCCCCUUUCCAGGCCCCAGAAGCCCAUACCUCCACGGCUUAAUGCCGCUGCUACAUUUGAUUCAAUCCUCCAAGCAGACCAGCAUUUGCCAGAGCCAAUUGCCGUGCAUACCGCGCGGAGUGCGUCACCUGCAAUCCACAGCAACGGCACCAAAUCUCCAUUCAGAAUGCCCUUUCUUCGAAGCUCCACCUCUCCAUUGCCAAGUCGUCCAGUAUCGCCGGUAUUACCCAUGCCCCAGGACUGUGCUUUCCCUCCCUUCCCGACGGCCAGGUCACAAAGUACUACUCCCACUACACCAUUGGAAUCAAGCUUCAACUUUCCCUCGAGAUCGGGCAGUCCCCAGGAACAGAUCGGUGCAGUUGCUAGGCACGCGCCAUUGAACUCACCAGCGAGUGGUGGUGGAAUUCUGAUGCAGAGGAUGAACGGCAUUGCGCCAGGCCCUUUCAACCUUAGAGAAAAUGGGGACUUUAAUCCAUCAGGUCACAGGAAGUCGCCCUCCAUGGGCAGCAGUCGCGAUUUCGUCAGAACCUCGAGAUCGGCCAGUCCCAAAACACAUGUCCAGCGGCCGUCGACUUCAAGUUCGAAUUACACACGCAAUCCUUCUCUUUCAAGCAUCUCGGCUGGGCCUAGAUCCUUAUCAAACCAAGGUACAACAGAAGUGCCCGUUAUACCGUCGAUGCCCAGACCAUACUUCCAAGACAAGUCCGACGGCUCAGCACAUGUGCCUCUACCAUCUUUUGACUUCGGUUCCUUCGGAAAUGAGGACCGCUCGCAUACACUCCCAAAGAACGAUCGUGACGCUGCUCCCUUCAAAUCUCGCCCGAAAAUGGAUAAGACACAUUCAGAGCCUUCGGUUCACUCACACAAACCUAGACCUUCUGUUGCUGUUGCUGCCAUGCAACCUCUUUGCGAAAUUGGUAGUACCAGCUCUUUCAAGUCUUCUCGAUCAGUGCGAGGUCGUGCCGUCUCCCCAGCCGUAGGUCAAACCGGCCCUGAGCAGUCUGUGAACCCCCACGCCACUGAAUCACGGGAUGAUCGAAGGCUUGGGGAUGCACCUCCUGUACCCAUGCCUGCCCAAGCCGCAGAAAUCUUGGUGCAUGACAAUCCCAACCAUAAGCCACACGAGUCGACCUCAUCCAACGAAUCUUACGGCUCUGGGGCGAAGAGUGGCAGCUCGGUUUCCACGCCGCACGAAUCGACCUCAUCCAACGAAUCCUACAGCUUCGGUACGAAGGGUGACAGCUCGAGGUCUAGUCCGCCACUCAAUGAGUUGCCAAAACAUGGGAAUGCGCACGCUUCUGGUGAUAAUCAAGCCAGCAGUAUGUUCAAGGGUUUCAUUUUCGGCGUUGAAGAGCCGAUACCAAUGCAAUAUGAACAAACUGCGAGUCACCUUCAGUCAUCUCGAAUGGAAUCUCCAGCCCCACUCCGUCCAAUGAAGGCUACCUUUCCUCCACACGAAGAUGGAUCAGUCCGAAAUCGUUCGUCUGCUACAUCUCCAGACGAGUACACAGUUUCUUCCUUCGCUCCCCAAAUGAACAACCUUCGUGUGUCUCCAGCACCUCCAGCUCAUCCCAGGUACCCAAACCCAUCAGCUCGACGACCAUCACCCGCCAACAAAGGCAACUGCCGUGGUUGUGGAGCCCUCAUCCAAGGGAAAUCGGUCAGCUCAGCAGAUGGACGGCUUACUGGACGAUAUCACAAGCAAUGCUUCGUGUGCCAAACGUGUCAACGACCUUUUCCGACGGCAGACUUCUACGUCAUGAACAAUCAACCAUACUGCGCACGACACUAUCACGAGCUCAAUGAUUCGCUGUGCACAAAUUGCGAUCGCGGCAUCGAGGGACAGUACCUGGAGACUGAGUUGCAGCAGAAAUUCCACCCUUAUUGCUUCAGCUGUCAGGACUGUCACCUAAUACUCCGAGACGACUAUUUCGAAUUCAACGGCAAGACACUGUGCGAGCAACACGCCUUUGGCGCCGCACGCACAUCAACGCCAUCUUCCCUGGGCCCUGGACGCCGGUUCCCCGAAAGAAGAACCACACGCCUCAUGAUGAUGUGA